AUGUGCGAAUUUCCACCAUUCAUUAGUGAUUCUUUUUUCUUUUCUCAAAUGACAAGUUUUAUGAAUUCCGUUGAGCGUAGUGUUUCACCAUCAAAUAAAUUUGUUCACUCUGACAUUGUUACACAAUUAAACAAACCAUUUGUUAUUAUUAAUAUUGGUUCUCCAAAACCACACACUUUUCUUUUUCCUGGAGUGACAUUGUUUGAUACUGCUGUUGACGUGAUAAGUAAAUAUUAUAAAGCCAAAGGAACAUUAUUCUUUCAUUCAAUACCUCUUUCUAAUUGUUCACUAACAUUAAAUCAAAUGUAUAUUUUACCUUCAGAUCGUUUUGAAUUUAGAACAGAAAAUAACUCUACUUUCUCAAAAGAAAUUAAUGAAUUUUCAAAUGAAUAUGGUAUUUCUCCUCAAAAAGUUCAAAAGUAUAUUGACAAAGGUAUAAUUACAGAGUCAAUGUUAAUCAGUAAAGAAAGCUCUAAUAAUGAAAAGUUACUGGCUGACAAAUCUCUUAAAAGGUUUAAAGAAAAUCCUUUUCUUCUUCCAGAAAUAAAUAAUAUUGAUUAUAUUAAACAAUCAUUUCCGAAUUAUGUUAAUGCUAUGUUACGCUAUGUUUAUGACGGUAUUAAAAUUGAUCAAUAUCUUUAUACUGUUAGAUUUAUUCCUGUACUUUUUAGAGAUACUAAACAAAAUGUUUUUGAUUAUAUCAACGUUGAUAAUAUAUUAACUUUACCUGGAUGUUUGAUAGUUCUUCCAACAUUAAUCGAAUGUCUAAACACUUCAAAAAAACUUGAUGAUAAAGCAUAUUUUAUUAAUAGGGAAUUAGUUUCAACACUUUGUGAAACAUUAAAUUUUGUUAUUUCUAAUUCUAGUACAUCAGAAGUUGAAAUUCUUCAAAUAUCAUUAUAUUCCUUACUUAUUUAUGUUAUUUCGUUAUUACUUAAUUUUCAAAUUCCUACUAUUUACUCAUCAUCAUCUGUUUACUUUUCAACACCACUUUCAUUACUUUUCACACCUGAUAAUUACUUAAAUAUUUAUAAAUGUUUAGAUUCACCUCAACCAAGAGAAAUGCAAGACUCAUCUUAUUGCUAUCUUAUUCGUACACACCAGCCUCAGGAACAGAUCGCUAAAAUACUUACUCAUCUUGAAAGUCCAAUUUUAAGAAUUUUACUAUUAGAAGAUAAUCCAAUUUAUAAUAUUCAGUCAUACCUCCCCUCAAUAAAAUCAGAGAUUGAUAAAAUAGAUUAUUGCAGUGGAUUUUGUUUCUUUCAACCAAACUCAACAAUCGUAUCAUCAUUUUUAUACGCAUUUAUGUCGACUGAGCUUAUCACAAAUAAACCUGAAGGUUCAAUUCAAUUAGUUAGUGAAGGGUUAAAAGAAUUACAACAAACACUUAAUAAUAAUCCGAUUCAAAUAAUUAGUGUAGGGUAUUUUAGUUCAUUAUUUAAACAGCUACAAACAAAAGAAUAUGAGUUAGAUGAUGUAGAAGAACCUAAAACAAAUAGUGCGUUAAAUUUGAUCUCUUGUUUAGAACUAUUUCUAGAAUGGGUUCGAGGUACAAAGUAUAUUAGUAAUUUUGCAUUAUACUCAUCGCUUAAUCCUUCAACCCAUCUUAUACCAGAAAAAUCACAAAUAAAAUAUGCAUUAUUAGUACAUCAAAAUACUAGUUUUUCUUCAUUCAUCGAAAGAGAGAUUAUCCCUAAAGACUACUUUAUUGUUGGAGUGAUGCCAAAUAUUUCUGAAGAAUUUCCGCUUCAAUUCACAAAUGAUGGGUGCAAAUAUCAAUUAAAUUCUGGUAUAUUUGGAGAAGGAGAUACAUAUCGUGCUGUUAUCCGAAAGAACGGACAGUAUAUUGUUUGUGAAAAUAAUUUACAAGUAAAAGUAAGUGAAUUGGAAUUAAAAUUAGCGUUAUCUGGAAUGUCAUCAUUUACACCACGAAUUUUGAUUUAUAGAAAAUUACCGUUAUUUAAUAUUCCAAGAUUUCCAUAUCCAUUAUCAUAUAUUCCGUUAAUGAAAGAAGUCACUAUAAAUCAAGGAGAUAUUUAUCUCUUAAGAGAUAUGGAGCAAUGUUAUAAAAAUGUUAAUAAACAAGAUGCAUAUCGUUAUUUAAAGAAAAGGUUAUUAAAUGAAAUUAAUCCAUUUGAGUAUCUCGAUAAUAUUGAUUGGUGUGCUGAUGACGCAAAAUUAUUUAGAAAAUUUCUUAGAGAAGCAACAAUAAAAAAUCCAAAAAAUGCAUUGCCAUUAUUUAAACUAAAACUUCUACAAACUAAUAACCCAGAGGUAUUAAAUGAUAUUACUGAUAUUGCUGCUUCUUCUAUUCCAAAAUUAUCCUAUCAAUGUAUAGGGUCAGAGUUAUUAGAAUCUAUUUUAUCAAUCCCGUCUUCAAAAUCUUUUGAAAGGUCAGAGUCAAUAAUUCCAUUUACAAGAUUUCUUCGAGUAUUUUUACCAUACACACUAGUUAAUAGAGAAGAGGGAAAUCCAUUUAGACACCCAAAUCCUAUAGAAAUUAAUUCAAUUGAUCUAAAUAUUAAUGUCUUAAAAAUGAUGCUAUUAAGAGAUGAGAAAGAUGCAUCUGUUAUUCUUAAUUAUUUAUCCUGGAAUAAUACAAUGUGGACAGAAAAUAUAUUAUCAAUGCUUGAAACAGAAAUAUUAGAUGUUUUUAAUUCAAGCGUAUAUAUCCAUUAUGCAUGGGAGAUGUUUGGAUUAGAAGAUAAUUUAAAAAGUAAAAGAGUAGAGUGGUUAAAAAAGAAAAUACAAGGUUUUGAAAUUAAUUGUUUUGAAAUUGCUGGAAUUAUAGUUGAAGUUGUUGGUGGAAAUAAAGACGUAUUACAAAAUUGUCGAAGUAUAAUAUUAAAAGAACUUCUUAAUAAAUGUCCAAGUGCUAAUAAAUUAAAACAAAUGAAUUAUAAAAUGAUGAUAGAAAAUAAAGACUCAAAAGAAUUUAAUGACUUUAAAGACACUCGAAUUUUCAAAACACUUAUCAAAUGUUUAGGUAUGAUUAAUAAAAUGGAACAAGAUUUCCAAUCACCUGUUUGUCUUGAACGAAGUAUUAAUAAAAUGGCAUGUGUUCAACUUCAAGCAAUUCAGUUAAAUAAACAAAUUAAUAAUAAAGAAUAA